AUGGCACCCGGAAAACGAUCCUUUAUUCGAACCCUUUUAAUUCAUUUCAAUAUUUCUCAUAAUCAACUACGUCGAAAUGCAUCUACUCGCCGUAUCAUGAUAGAGAAAGCAGCCGAAGGUCUGAUUGUCGAAGGAAAGAACGUAGGUAAACAACGAGAAGGUGAAUGGAUGGCAGAACAGUUACUUAGUGUCAAAGAAGGAGCAGCAGAAGAAGUGUGGAAAAUGUCCGCUCAUCUUUAUUCGCUGGACAGUUACUUGUAUAGAAAGUUGAACGAACUUAUGCGUUUAGUGGGUGACGAGGAACAUGCACGCUAUGUUCAAAGCAAAAUGUAUACACUCGGCCCAUUUACACUUCUCCUUGAAAGACUCAUGCAGCGUAAUAAGAAGGCAAUGACUGUUUAUCGUAGUGCUGAACUAUCUGAUGAUUUGAUUGAACAAUUUAGACAGUCAAGUGGAAGUCAUGAAAAACGUUUAUUCUCAGCAUUCACUUCAACAAGUAGAAGUAAAAAUGUAGCUGAGUUUUACGGAGGUAAUGUAAUUUUCGCCAUCAAGAUCUUCAAAAAUGGCGCCGAUAUAUCCCAGUACUCAGCUUUUCCUCAGGAAGAAGAAGUACUACUCGAAGCUAGUUUCUGGUUCGUCAUUCAGUCGUGUACAUUUGACAAAACAACGAACAAAUGGUUCAUACGGCUAAAAUGUGCCCCUUAA